CCAGAAACAGCCUGAGAGUCAUUCUUGGGAACACUGGAUUGAACUGAAAACCAUGGUAGGUGGGAUUAUUCCUUUGUCCUCAAAAACUCUGUAGCCGCUUAUUUAGAAGAGUUUUGUCCUGGUUUCUGCUAGUUUAUAAAAUAAUGGAGUUUACCAAAAAAGAGAGACCCUAUUUCUUAUCCCACUGAUUUAAGCAGAAGGUAAAGUCAAUGAUUAUAAUCCUGCUUUACUUUCUGUCAUUCUUAUGGGUCACCACUUAAUUGGUGAAACUUCCAACAUGUGUGAUAUGCUAAAACAAACAGGUAGAUGAUACACGGUGCUUGUUUUGAAGAGUAUUAAGGACAGGUUUUUAUUACUUUGGAAGAUACCUCCAGAUGACACCUUGUGUUAUUGCACAGCAUUAAAAAUAAAUAAAUUUAAGAAUUAGUAAAUAAGUCCAGCAAAUGAAUAUGGGAUAUUAGAGAAGAUGGGUUUGCUAGUAAGUGCCAGGAAUCUUGCUUUUGAGUGGCUAUGUUGUGGAAGUUUCACUCUGAGAUGUUUUUUGACAGGAGAAUAGGUUGUGUAUGUGAAUUAUCUGGGUGUCCUUCUUUUCUUUUACCUGUGGGCUGUAGACACUUCUUGUUUGAUAAGCCCCAGGGCCUCCUGCUCUCUAUAUCAGCAUGCUACAAUCUACUGCAUGAGUACUUGUCAAGCGUGAUAGGGUGACAUUAGAUUAGGGCUGUGGCUGGUAGCGUGCAUUUGAUAAGACAAGCAACGAGGCCAGAUAAUUCUUUGGUGUGUGAUACGAAGCACUGAAGGAGAGUGACAACCAGGAAAACCUUUUCCAAAAGAAAUGAUGACAUUAAUAAAGAAAAACAUGCAGUUGUGCCCAGGCCUCUGACAGACAUAACGGGUGGUAUCUAACUUUAAUUAUACACAGACAAUUUUCAGAGGGGUAGAUGUGUGCUAAAUCUGUUGCACCCAAUAACAACAAAUGAAGGGGUGAGGUGAUCAGGCUCCAGCCUUGCUGGAUCACAUCAAGGCUUUUCUAGUCCAGCAAUCUGUCUCCUACAGUAGCCAACUUGUGCCUAUGGGAAGUCAACAAACGGGACAUGAGUGCAAUAGUGCUCUCUCACUGUUGUUCUCCAUCAAGUGGUAUUCAGAGACAUCCUUAUCCUUACCUUUAGAGGCAAAGUCUGAUAGGAUCUGCUCAAAGGAACCACUGGUGCUUAUAGGAUCUAGCUAUACAGUGGUACCUCGGGUUACAGAUGCUUCAGGUUACAGACUCCGCUAACCCAGAAAUAGUACCUUGGGUUAAGAACUUUGCUUCAGGAUGAGAACAGAAAUUGCGCAGCAGUGGCAGGGGGAGGCCCCAUUAUCUAAAGUGGUACCUCAGGUUAAGAACAGUUUCAGGUUAAGAACAGACCUCCAGAACAAAUUAAGUUCUUAACCUGAGGUACCACUGUACUAGGGGGAAAGGUGGUGUCAAUGUCCCAGAUGCAUCUGCAGGCCUGCCUGCCAGAGUGUGCUGUUACCUUUCUAAAUGCUCUUCUCUCUCCCCUCCCCCCAGCUUCCCAUCAAGGUUAUGGAGGACAACUUCCCCCCUCACACUUUUGAUCCUACACAUCACUUCCAUGUCGUACUGCUGGAUCAGAGAAGCAGGCUUCGGGAGCACAUCAGGAGUCUCCGGGAGAUUUCACGGAGAAUCAACAAACUGCACAGACGCUCUCUAAUUGCCAAUUUCACUGGGAGUUCGUUAAGUGCCGCAGGAGCCAUCGUGGCCAUCGUGGGGUUGUCCUUGAGCCCUGCAACAUUAGGGGCAUCCCUUUUGGCUUCCGGGGUAGGCCUAGGAGUGGCGGCUGCAGGAGGGGCCGUCACAGUGACUUCCGACCUCUCCUUAGUCCUCUCUAAUUCCAGGGAGGUGAGGAAGGUCAAGGAGAUUGCAGUGAGCUGCCAUGCUCAGAUGAGAGAAAUCAUGCACUGCCUGGAAUUAUUGCACCGCAGCCAGGGCCCGACGGAUCCUAGGUUACUGCCGGCUGAGAGAAACGCCUCUGUCACACUGUACAAUUCCAUCUGCUUCAUGGUGUUCUGCGGCUCCCACAGCUUCCUGGUCCCCGAGCACAACGAAGAGGUGACCAAAGUGAGUCAUGCUGUGCUCAAGGCAAAAGUCCAGAAGCUGGCAGAAAGCCUAGAAGCCUGUGCAAGGCCCAUGGAUGAGAUCUGCGAACUUUUGGAGAACAGGAAAGAAUCCCCCCUGAAGACAAGAAGAAUAGCACUCUAGGAGGAUGUCCAGGGACAAAAUCACCCACAUCCUCUGAAAACGGCAAAGGGGGCCUAAAAGACCUAAAACAUACUGUGUUAUUCCUGUUAGGAUUGUGCCAAAUCAGAGUUUUCUCCAGGCAUUUCUCAAUACUUGCAGCCAACACCCCUCAGGGCCUCAGUCUGUAUUGCUCUCCUGUUAUGUCUGUGCACAGCAAAUAGAAAUUGUAGCUACACAAGUGCUGGUCUAUGAUAUCAGCACAUCUCAAGGUCUGGUGUCUGCAUAUGGCUGUCUCACAGCACAUCAUACCUUGCUUUUUUAGGGGGGUUGGGGGAGACUUCCACAUUUCCCAUUUGGUGCUAAAACACUGAACUCGAUGCAAUUAAUGCUUCUGCAUGCAUGUACUCCAGCAUACUUUCCCCCAUAGCUGUCAACUUUUCCCUUUUCUUGCAAGGAAUCCUAUUCGGAAUAAGGGAAUUUCCCUUUAAAAAAGGGAAACAUUGACCGCUAUGCUUUCCCUCCCCCCACCCCCACCUACCCAGGGUAAUCAGGAGAAGUAGACGGGGACACUUGCCAAAGCUGAUUAAAUUUUUCUCCCACAGCGCUGAGCUAGGUGAAAACUGUGGUCGUGAGGGAACCAGAGCCAGCCUAGGAAGGAAAUGGCUGCAGAUUCCAGAACUUGCAGUUUCCAAAGCUCUGCGAGGCAGAUAAUGAGGGAGUCAAAGGCCAGAGAGCCUGAAUGAACCUGAAUAUUUUCCAGUGAUGUUCUUAGUAGCGGAUGGGAAUUGUACUCGCAAGUGCGGCAGGAGUUUAAUGAGUUUGGCUUUGGUUUGUCACUCAAAAUUCAUCCGCUCUUUAUCAUGCAUUCUUCCGGUACAGGCAGGCAAAUUAAGGCUCCACUAACUUCAGUCUUAGAAUCAUAGAGUGGGAAGGUGCCCAGAGAAGGUCACCAGGUCCAACACCCUGCAAUGUAGGAAUCACAGCUAAAGAAUCCCCAUGAUUCCUCUUGAUUCCUGUGUGCUUAUUCCUUUAAACCAGGCCUGGGAGGGGGUGCUGCCUGCCUGCUUCCUUCUCCUCACUCCUGGUUUUGCCCUUGUAGAACUCAACAGGGAGGAUGGGGACAAAGGUAGAAUCAGUUCCAUGCCUCCACCUGCUAUUGGCUGUGGCUCAAAUAUGGUUGGCCUCCCUGCCUUCUGCCCUACGAACCUAGUAGGCAACAGCUACCAUUCCUAGCUUUAACUAUCACCUAUCUAAAGUGGGUGCUCCCCCCCCCAUGCUCAGGGACAUGUUGUAUUGGUAUAUUUUUGUAUUUAUUUGUUUUGGGUAAUUUAAACGUGGAUAUGAAGUUUCUAUUUAAAGAAAUAAUAAUACAGCCACUACAAGAUGGAAGAGCUCAUUCUACGGAGCCAAAGUUUGUUAUAUCUGAGGCACGGCAAUAUCCUUGUUUGAUGUCCCCUUCCCCAUGUCAGUUCCCCACAGACCCCGCCAUCAAAUGACCUGGGAAAGAAGAGCAGAUGGGACUAGCAAUUCACGUGUGAAUUUUUUUAAAAAGUCACUUCUCCCUUUUUUAAGAUUUGAAAAGUGGAGAACUGAACUUACAAUUAGAAAAAUGAGCAACCAAGGGAAACCAAAGCUGACAGACACAUUUCCCCAUCCCUACUCUAAGAGAGAGCUUAUGAUAUGCAAAUGUUUGGAAGUAUAUGCAGAUGUGAGGGUGACUUGUGAUGUCAGUUUUGUGUCUUCAAAACACUGCUGAUGAGCAAGAACUAAGCAGAAGAAUUAGGUAGAAGAUAGGACAGCUGUUCUUGUUGGCAUCAAUUUGUCUAGAGAGACAAUGGAAUAGUGCACCAUCAGGGGUACAGUCAAACCAUUGGAGAGUUACAGCGCCUGCUGUGGCUGUAGAGACCAAUAUGGGAGAGACAUGUUUUAUUGCAGCUGGGGCAGAUGAAAGCAUUCGGUUCUGCUGUUACAGGUACAUUAUGGCGUUUUCUCUCUCCGCCUUCCUCCCAGCCAUCAUUUCUCCUCUGGUUACUUCUCCUCUGUGGGAUGGUAUCCCUAGGAAAACAGCAAUGAAAAGUUGGAAGAGAGAAGAGGUAGAACUAGGCAGUGGGUAUGUUGCUUACGAGGGCAAAACAACUUUACAUGAGUAGUGGGGAGGACACUGCAUAAUGGUACGGGUGGCCUGUGAAGAUAAGGAGGUUUGAAAGAUGCAUGUAAGCUCAGACGCAGGUUUACCAACUUGGUGAGAACUAGGCCAUAGAUUACACACAGUGAUGCUAUACUUCAAAGACCUGUUCGAUGCUCUUUAUUUCCUCGCUUGUGGCUCAGGUGAAAGGAGACACAUUAUAAUCUUAAAGUGUGGAAUGGUGGGCAAGAGACAAGAUUUAAAUGCACUGGAUCCUAAGGAAUUUGGGUACGGGGUAAGCUUCCUCUAAACUGAUCCUUGACUUUCUGCUCUUUGGGGAAAGGGACAAGAGAAGUGGCCAAAAUGAUCUGCUUGCUAUUUUGGGUAUUUGUAAAACCAAUGAACAACUUGCACCGAUAACUAACUCUGAUCCAAUACAAACUACAAAUUACCUUGUGUCUGCGUCUAUUUGUAUAUAUUGUUUACUCACAAAACUGCUUAUUCAAGCAAUGGGAAUGCCACAGCAACCUUAGUGGAGGCAGGCUGCUUUGAAUAUAGUUAAUGGAGAGUUAAAGUGCAUUCGUAAUAAUGCAUUUAUUUUCAAACAUGCAGGUUGUGUAGGUAUUAAGGGGUGAAAAAUAAGCACACUGGCCGUCUCCUUAAAUCAAAGCAGAAUCAAUCUGCUUCUUUACAAGUUCUUCUCAUGAGGGAGCUUUGGGCUUCUGGGCUCGCUAAUGCUAUCUGUCACACAGAGUGCUUGUUUAGAUUUCCUGCCUAUUGCCUAUUGUUAUAUAAGGACAGGAUGUAGCAUAGUUGGACUCCAGUAACUGAGGGCUCAGGGACGUCAUCAUUUCCACAGUGCUCACGCACGUAGCCAGGAAUUUUUGCAAUCAUGCCUCUUGGGUAUCGGAGAUCCUUCAGUAUCCAGAAUGAGUCCCUGGGGAUACUUUGCUGUGACUUUCUGAAAAUCACUGUCAACCAACUGCUAGGUUUAGGUUUGGCAAAUAGUCCACAUCCAAGGAAGAACUGCUUCUGAUUUUAUUUGGUAUUAUUAAUCAUAAGGAUUUAUACCAGCCCUUCAACAAGUUUCCUUUUGCAAGAUUUGCAGGCAAAUCUCUUAGGCUCAUUUAUUGAAUCUAAUAUCAAAAGGCUGAGUAAGAUGUUGCUGUGUGAGUCUGUGAAGAACCCUCUACUUUCAUACAGUUUGUGACUUUUAGUCCCCUCCCUGCUAUUUUGUUAAAACACAUGUACAACUGAGGAUUGCUGCCACGUUUUUAAAAAGACACUUGAGAGGUGCACUUAUGAACAUGCACAAAGGGAAUGCUUCCUCGACAAUCCAGAAACCAUCAAACUGAGCUAUGUGAUUUAGUGUCCUUUGCUAGCCUGACCCAGCAGUGGCUAGAGGGCCAAGAGUAUACCUCGGAGGAUUGGGUUCAAAGGGCCACUUACCCACAAAACUUUGCUGCGUGACUUUGAGCCAGUCACCCUUCCUCAGCCUAGCCAACAGGGUUGCUAUGAGGCCUCUUUUGUGUUGACCUCUUUUUGUGCAACUU